GGGCGGUAUAAAGGCACACAGGUGCUGGUGAACAGGUACAAGAGGAGGACACGACAGAACUGUGUCUAUCAAACAGAGACCACAACAAGAGACAAGAGCGCGGCCUUUCGUGACCCUUUGGAUGUGCAUCAAAGAACCUUCCCUUUGCAUCCCAGAGGUUGUGUGCUUGUAGAAAAUGAUUGGAUCCUUGAACAAACGUAUGCAGGAUAUUCUGGCAGAGCGAAGAAGCCAGAGGACCAGACUGGUCACUAAAGAUGGCCGCUGCAAUAUUGAAUAUGGAAACAUCAAGUACAGUAAUCACUUUGCCUUCCUGGCUGACUUUUGGAACACCUUUGUGGAAAUCAGGUGGCGAUUUGUUCUUUUUUUCUUCAUUGCCUCAUUUACACUCAGCUGGUUCAUCUUUGGCCUGCUGUGGUACUGGAUUGCUCGCACUAAUGGAGACCUAACAUGGCAAAACCCACCGGAGGACCACAUGCCAUGUGUCGACAAUGUCGUCGGCCUCACCACUGCAUUCCUUUACUCUCUCGAAACCCAGACGACCAUCGGGUAUGGUGGACGAGCACUCACCCCUCUCUGCCCGGGCGCUGUGGCCCUUCUCAUCAUCCAGUCCCUCGCUGGAGCCAUUAUCAACUGCUUCAUGUGUGGAGUCAUCCUGUCCAAAAUCUCUUCGCCCAAAAAGCGGGCUAAGACCAUCACAUUCAGUGACAUGGCUGUCAUCAGCCCCAAAAAAGGUGCCCUUUGCCUGUCAAUCAGAGUGGCCAACCUACGCAAGACCCUGAUGAUAGGAAGCCAACUCUACGGCAAACUGCUGAGAACGACCACCACACCAGAUGGCGAGACAAUCAUCAUGGACCAAGUCAACAUUGAAUUCAUGGUGGACGCUGGGAAGGACAAUCUCUUCUUUGUGUGUCCUCUCACAAUCUACCACAUCAUUGACAAGGGCAGCCCUUUUUUCGAGAUGGCAGUGGACACACUCCAUAAGCACGAGUUCGAGCUGGUUGUCUUCCUCGACGGCAUCGCCGAGUCCACCAGCUCCUCCUGCCAAGUGCGGACCUCCUUUAUUCCACAGGAGAUCAUGUGGGGCUACAACUUCUUGCCCAUCAUUUCCAGGACCAAGGAGGGCAGGUACAGAGUGGAUUUCUCCAACUUCUCCAAGGUGGUGCCUGUUGCCACUGCACACUGUCCCUAUUGCUUCCACAAUAUCAAGGGUCAUCAUCACCACUCCAUAAGUGGGCAUGACAACCAAGGAUUUGAGGUGAUUGAUAUCAAUGAUCCCCCAAAUGUCACCAAGUUGUGAAAUGGUAAAGAAUUAGGAAAACUGACUUUUAGAAGAAAGACUUACUUAGUCUUCAAGACUCUAAAGAACCUAAUGGUAAACAAUGCAUUGUGUAGCAUUUAUACAUGAAACAAAGACGAUGUACUUUUUUAAAAUGUUCAUUUGAUUGUGUUUAACAGAGAUAAGAAAUCUGUCUGUGGGUCAGGACAGUUAUUGUUUAGAAUUUGUAUGUGAAACCACACCUUCCACUGUCCGCUGACCAAAAAACCUGUUUCCAAAACAGUGAUCAGGUCAUUCCAGAUAGUGAAGACUUUCAGAGUACACUUGUGCUCUUGCUGUAAAUGAAGAUGAGCCGUCUUAAUUUAUCUUUAACCUUGGUAAAAUGAUUCACCAGGUGUGGACGGGCAGAGGGAGACAAGGCAAAUGUAUUUAAAGUCUUGUAAUUACUUGAAAGACUAUUGUUGGGUCCAGUAGUAAUUCAGUUAUUCACGCUACUGUAGGUCACGCACAAAUAGACACUUGGAAUUGAACCAAAAGGGUACUGUACGCUUUAACCUUAGCACUGAGGGACAAGGGACUGGUGUUUUCAAACACAAGGCUCUCAGGGAAUACCUGUAAAAUAUUUCUGCGUACAACACUGACUGUAUCUGAGUCAAUGUUCUUUGUUUGUAAAGAUGUUUUUUUGUAUGUAAUAUCAGGGGGAAAGUACACAGACAUAAAGGCUAUUUUUGCAUUCAAA